AUGAGCUCUUAUUUCGUCAACUCACUGUUCUCCAAAUACAAAACCGGGGAGUCCCUGCGCCCCAACUACUAUGACUGCGGCUUCGCCCAGGACCUGGGCGGCCGACCCACCGUGGUGUACGGCCCCAGCAGCGGCGGCAGCUUCCAGCACCCGACGCAAAUCCAGGAGUUCUACCACGGGCCGUCGUCGCUGUCCACGGCGCCCUACCAGCAGAACCCGUGCGCCGUGGCGUGCCACGGGGACCCCGGCAACUUCUACGGCUACGACCCGCUGCAGCGCCAGAGCCUGUUCGGCGCGCAGGACCCGGACCUGGUGCAGUACGCCGAUUGCAAGCUCGCCGCCGCCAGCGGCCUUGGAGAGGAGGCCGAGGGCUCCGAGCAGAGCCCGUCACCCACCCAGCUCUUCCCCUGGAUGCGCCCUCAAGCAGCCGCCGGACGCAGGCGAGGCCGCCAGACCUACAGCCGCUACCAGACCCUGGAGCUGGAGAAGGAAUUCCUCUUUAACCCCUAUCUGACUCGCAAGCGGCGGAUCGAGGUGUCACACGCGCUGGGACUGACAGAGAGACAGGUCAAAAUCUGGUUCCAGAACCGGAGGAUGAAGUGGAAAAAGGAGAACAACAAGGAUAAGUUCCCCAGCAGCAAGUGCGAGCAGGAGGAGCUGGAGAAGGAGAAGCUGGAGAGGGCGCCGGAGGCGGGCGCCGCCGAGCAGGGCGAUGCGCACAAGGGCGACAAGAAGUAG